AAACAACUUCCCAAAAAAUAUCAUGUCAAUUUUGACAAUUUUUUAUGUUUAGCAGCCGGGUUCCUCAUAAAAUGCAAAACCUAGGAUUGCAAUUUUAUUCGUUUGUCCAUAAAUUAAUAGUACGUACUAAAACCAAAUUGGCACUUUCCCCAAUCAUACUUCAAUUCAAAGACGAACCUAAAACCAAAUACUUCAAUCAAUUAAUAUGUCUAAGGAACGAAAUGGCGAACAGUUUAAUGAUCGCACAGUCAAAACAAUUGUCGGACUGUUCCAAUUGCAAAAAAGGACCUACAAGAAAAGGUAGACAUAGUUAUCACCAAGAUUGUGAGAACAUUGUCAACGAGCAGAUUUAUGAGGAGUUGAAGGCUUCACUGAUGUAUCUAGCUAUGGCAUCGUAUUUCGGAAGGACAGACGUGGCUUUUCCAGGUUGUCAUGGGUACUUUCUGAACAUGCAUUUAGAGGAACAUGAACACGCGAUGGUUUUUUUCAAUUACCAACUAAUGAGGGGGGCGGACGUUAAAUUGAAAACUAUUGAAGCACCCGAUUGUCACGAAUUUCCUAAUAUGACUGGAGUGUUUGAAAAGGCAUUGGACAUGGAAAUACAUGUCAAAGAUAAAUUGAUGGAAGUUUGUAGAAUCGCCACCGAAAAUGAUGAUCUUCAUCUACAAGAUUUGAUAACGACGGAUUUUAUGGAAGAACAAAACAGAUCGAUAAUGGAAUUGGGACGACUAAUUGCACAAUCUAGGAUAACCGACACUCCCUUGGGCAAAUAUAUGUUUGAUAAAAUGAUAUUCGAUUCAUACGUUAAAAAGAAUUACAAUAAAUUAAUGCACAAGAGGAACCUGCAAAAUACAGAAUCAGAAGCUAUUUACAAAUAAAUGGGGGUUUCAGUUACUAAAUUGUACAUAAAAUGUGAAGGGUUUUAAAUAAAAUUUCAGUUUGUAAUAA